AUGCUACUCCUUCGAUCCAAACAUGCAUUUCAAUCUGUUUUUGUAGGUCGAUCAACAGGGCGAAGGCGAGCGCCGAAGCUGUCAACUCAGAUGAAAUCGCUGUCAUUGGAUUGUCAAGAGAUGCCGCCACGAAUCAACGCUGCAGCUCGGAGUCCAAUGAGAACGAAAAAGAUGACCGGACAUCUUCGCGGAAAAAAUGGUUCGUCCGAUCUAUCUGACUGGGAUCGUAGUUGCUCGCCAUGCAACGGUAACAGCAGACGUGGCAGUGCCGUAGCCAAUCUGACCGGUGGCUACGUAGUGAUUCAUGAGUAUGCGCCCCCGAGCGGUGCCGCGCCACUAGUCUUAGGUGAACGGGUACAUGUCGUAGAUAACGGCGAUCCAGACUGGCUCCAUGGCUUCCGGCAACACGACAGGUAA